AUGCAGAACGCUGAUUCAAAUAGGAGACAGCCAUCAUUGCGACGAUCCAACUCCCAGAGACGCAGUACACUGUCUGGACCAGUUUCUGAUCUGCAAUAUUAUCCUGUUCGCGUUGAGAGACCGCUUGAAGUGGUCACUUAUCAGCCAGUUCAAGUAAAAAGCCCAGCGCUAAUCGCCGAUCGGCAGCAAAAUCAACGACCACUCCAGCCAGGUAUACUCCGACAAAGCUCACGUCAACUUUCUCUCAGUAAUCUAUCUACUGUGGAUUCAAACAACGCAGCAACUUUACCCGACAAUUUCGGCAGUUCUAAACGGAAGUCGCUAACGCUCGUCGACGGGGACUCCGGAAGUCUGAAGAGGUCAUCUAAAAACGGGUUGCGAAGUUCCAGUCGAGGUAAACGCAUACGAGAAGCGGUCGUUGUCACGGGGAUUCCAUGCGAUCCUCCUGCUUCGUUCAUUAAAGAAGUCAAUAAAAGUGCCGGAAAAGAUCAAGGACCCAUUUUGCUUCGCACACUUGAAAAUCAGAAACAAGAAGCAGCCAAACUGGCCGAAGAUCAUCGUUAUUUGCAGUCAAGUGACUGGGCCAAAGAACUCACCAAAUUGGCCGAUCGAGCAGCUUACAGUAUUGCAUUGUUCAAUCGACGUCAAAGAUAUCGAAAACCGAUUCCAUAUCGAUUUGAAUGGAUCAACUUGCCCCAGGCCAAUAUUAAUGUAGCAACACCGUCCGAUGCCCUUGAUGUGAGCAUGAUUCGUGGCACAAACUACUACAGACCGGUGGAUGCACACGGCAUACUGACCACGGCCGUGCAACUGGAUCUAUUUUAUCCAUCAUACAAAAAAGUGCAACGCAUUCGCAGUAAUUGGGUGAAAAAUCCGGGUGAACUGGUCUACUACGUAGUUGAUAUUCGUUUUCACGUUGACACCCGGACUACCUCCUACUCACGCUUCCUCCAGUCUACUGGUCAACUUCAGGCGACUGUUCUUUACAACCGCGGUACUGCAAAACGCUCUGGGGUAAUUGGCGUUGCACAAUUCUCGAUCGAUGAACUGUUGGACAAGGCCACGAUUACGGUCGCGGACGACCUUAUCGGGGAUAAUGGUAAAGUCAACGGACGAUUGGAAUUGCAACUUCGACAACAUCAAUCUGUAACAGGAAAAUUACUGGACGUCGUACGAAAACCGUGGCUAUUUUUAGCUGUUCCUGAAAUUCCCUACAGUGAUUCUCCACUGUUUCAAGAAGGGCUUGGAAAACAAGCCGUUUCAGCACAGUCUAUUCCAGAUCUGAUAAACUCGACUACAAACGGUCAUAAAAUUGUCACUGCGCAAACAAUCAUCGAUGCACUGGAAAAAGACCUGUCUUCUGAGAGAAGUCAAAUAAACAGACUAUCGGAAAUUAGUGAUGACAUGGAUGACUUAUAUCGUCAAUGGGAACAGGCCCCUGACAGUGGACAACUGACACAAUAUCGCGCAAAUCUUCUCCGUCUGCUCCAACAAUUUCAACAGAAACGAGAGGAUGCAGAACAACGCCUAAACAGGAAAGGUGCACGAUACUACUCCCGCAGAACGUCAUUGAUCCUGGAAGAACUGCAUCGCUAUAAAGGGAAUUCCUUCAAUGAUGAAGAAGAAGAACUCAAGGAGUUUAAACCCAUUAAUGAAGUUCAAGUGAAUGGGAAAGGUCAAGUGGAAGGGAGCCCAAUUGAGAACAAGCAGACCAAUGGAGAUACACUUGAGCGCGAAAUCACAGUUGCUUCACCAAAUGCUCAUGGGAAAUCCUCCACGUUACCAAAUAGCUUUAAGCCUCGGGAACCGAGUGGACUUAGGUCCGAAUACUGGGCAAACACGUAUCCCACUGAACGAGUGAUCCAGAUAUCAGGCCCCGCCGUUUCCGGGAGCGCUGGCAGAACUCGGAGAAAAAUCUCGACUGGCGAUAACAAAGAAAGACUCAUUGUCUAUGUCUAA